AUGCUAUCUAUCUAUCUAUCUAUCUAUCUAUCUAUGUCCUCUUUUUCGGUUGAUUUUUCAGUUUAUCUUUUCCUUCAUUUAUUGAUUCUUAUCUUCUUAAUUUAUUUUUAUUUUUCCCUUUCUACUUUAUCUGCUACGUUUUUUGUAUUUAUAUUUUUCUUUUCCCUUUUAAUUUUCUUGUCUUGUUUUUCUUUCCUUCACCCUCACUUUUUCUCCUCUUUUUUUUUUACUCUUUUAUUUUACCUUCUCUUUUAUUCUUUUCCAUGCUUUCUUUUUACCCUUUUCUUUUUACUUCUCUUCUAUUUAUUUUUCAUACUUUUUUACCCUUUUUUUUUUUUACUUUUCUUCUGUUUCUUUUUUCAUGUUUUCUUUUUAACCCUUUCUUUUCCCUUCUCUUGUUUUCUUUUUAACCCUUUCUUUUCCCUUCUCUUUCUCUUUUUCUUCUUUUUUCCCGUUCUCUUCUACCUUUUUGUCAUGUUUUAUUCUUAUUCCUUUUAUUCAAACCCUAACUGUUUGUCAGUCAUCAACAAUAAAACUUGUCAUCGUAAGCAAAGGAAAGAAUACUUGCUCAAACAACAACAGAGAUUUAAGCCGAUUCAUUUGUUUUUCAUUCUUCUUUCGUUUUUCUAG